AUGGCCGCCAUGAGUAUGUCCAGCGACCGGUUCGCCAGAUCGUGCGAGCAGGCUAGCUCCUAUCCGCAAAAUGAGCUACUUACACGAACAUUCGAAUAUGCUUUGAAGGCAUAUCGCGCAAGGCUUGUCAAGGACGCGGAUACGAUAUUCCACAGGGAAAGGCGCAAUAUGUUCAUUUGGGACUUGGUUGAUGACGCCAAAGAAUUCUCCCUCAGCCCGAAACUCUCAUCGGCAGAGGAUUUGAAAAGACAUGUUGCCGAGCAGCCAAAAGAUCCCCGCUGCAGAUUCGUGUUUUUACAGACAUCGACUUCUCGAGGUCCAUUGUGCUGCUCAGCUGAACAAUUGACCUAUUUACUUUCGUACCACCAAGUGAUGCCAUCAUUCCUUGACUUUUGUUUCGAGUUCAAGCACAGAGAAGAUCCGAUUUCCACAACUCUAUAUCGCCAGGAAGACUAUAUUGGAAAGCGACAUCUCACACAAGAGUUGACGCAUCUAGGCCGUUCUGGAACUCGGAUACAGCAUGCCUUCAACAUACUCGGGUUUGAUGAGUCAGUGGCAUCUGACGGAUAUACCUGGCCGUUGCGACACAUUACGGUAUAUCAUUCGUUUGACCUGAAACUUGGCAAGGCAUUUUGGAUCAUCGUAAAAGGCAACAAAGUGAUGAGAGAGCGCAUUACUUCAUCGUCUUCAAAGUCUUUGCAAGCCGACCUUGAGGCAACCAACACACCGACUGGAGAUUUCGUGGCCUCUCUCAGAACUCACUUGCUGAUUCUGGAGUGGUGUUCAAAUCUCUGGAGCGAGUAUAUCGAUAGUCUGGAGUUCCAGUCGAAGAAGCCAUCUGCCAUGGUAACGCAAAGCCCUGUUGAUGAGCUUGCCAAGGACAUCCCUACAAUGUUGGCUCGUGAGCGGCGCUCAACUAUGGACAACAAGGUCGGGAAUUCCAGACGGGACUCAAAUCUGUCGCAGCUAGCGAGCCGUAUUACUUCAGCGAUGCCUCGCUUCACUAGGAACUGGAGCAGCUUCUCAGGGAGGACAUCUGAACUUGACUGCAGCGGCCAGAGUCCCAUCACGGCCCACGGACAGCCGGCAUCACCGACAAAGGUACGGAAUGUCAGUUUGGAAGACAUUUUUACAUUUGACGAGCUACAAAACGUUCAUGCACUGUGCUCUGAAGUUGACAAGGGGUGCAUGGUGAUAGAACAGAAUAAGAGGGUGUUGGUUCAGAUCCGGAAGAAAUACACGGCCCUGGCGGAGUCUAGGGACUUGAAAUCCGUCUUGGACAUUGCAUCGUGCGAAGCAGACAUGAUGGCCUUUUUGCAAGAGGUCGAAAGACUGGAAGGGGAUCUAGACAAUUACCAAGCACGUCUGAGAGCACUGCUUCGAAAACUAGAGACGGACGAGGCCCUGUUCACCGGAGUGCUCCAAUACCAGAGCAUGCAAACGGGGGAAUACUUCUCCAAGUCUGCGCAAACGUCGGCAAACAAGAUGGAGGAAUGGACCAUCAAGAUGCACGAUAUUGCUGCGAGAACGGAGCAAGAGACGGUAGCUAUGAGCAUCAUCACUUUCUUUACCCUAGUCUUCCUGCCUGGUACCUUUGUUGCAGUAAGAUACGGCGUACCACUCGCAAUGGCCGCUGCGAAGCCGGUUCUAACCCAGUCCCAGACAUUCUUUAGCAGCGGCAUCGUCAAGUUCGACGGCAGUAAGGGCGAUGACCUGGGGGACUGGAACACGCAGGUGCCUGCGCUGAAGCUGUUUCUCGUCAUGUCGCUGCCGUUGAUGUUCAUCACGCUGGCUGCGUGGGCGCUGCUGCGGUCUUAUGCGGGCAGAAAACAUAGGGUGAGGUCUGGCUUGGCAGAUAUACCGGCUGUGGAGAAACGUGGGGAUUGUAUCGGGGGAUCAGUCGCGGUAAAGUAA